AUGGACCCCCAGGGAAACAAUGGCCCCAUGGGCCCGGCAGGUCGCCGCCUGCACAUUGCGCAUCGCCGCAGCCCGUCUGAGCUGACGCCCCUCAUGAUCCACUCGCCCGCCUCGUGCGGCACUCCUUCGACAUGGCUAACGCCGUAUGGCAUCGUGCGUCAUACAGUGGAACAACUUGCUAUCGCCCAGCAGAUUGAGGCCCUGCAGCAGCAGCAGCAACAGAUUGCCGCUACGCAUCAGCAGUAUGUCAACAUGGGCAUGAUCCCGCCGCAGCAACACCUUGCCGGCCAGCAAUUCCAGAUGCAGGGCCAGAUGCAGAACAUGCAGCAGCCGAAUGCCUUCCAAUUCCCCCAACAGGGACAGCAACACCUCGGCGUCCCCAUGAACGCGCCCAUGCAGGGCAACGCCCACCGCCGCAACCAGUCUGCAAUGCCGAACAUGACAAUGGGCGGCCCUCCUCCUGCUCCCUCAGCCGGCACUUCCGGGUUCGGCGAGUUCCAGCAGCAGCAGCAACAGCAACAGCAGCAGCAGAACCAGGGCCGGGAGAACGUCAACCCUCGCGGCGCCCGCGGUUCCGUUGGCGGUGGACACACUCGUCGUCACUCGUUAGCUCUUCCGGAGGCGAAGAAGGCUGCUGAGUUGGCAGAACAGAAGAGGAAGACUUCUGGUUUCCAGUUUCCCAUUCCUGGUGCAGCUGGCGCCAGCGGCACUGAGCGCUCUGGCAGCCCCGCCAGCGGCGAUGCUCCGCCGAAGCCUGCCGGCCGCGCCAUGGGUCAUGGCCGCAGCCAGAGCAUGGCUGUUGGCAAUGGCCGCGGUGGUCCUCGUGGUGGUGGCAACUUCCAGUUCCCCCCGCCUCAGGCCACUGCCGAUGGCGGUGCCAGCAACGACUUCCAGCGUCGUGGCUCUGGCCACACCCGCUCGUCGUCCAGGAACUUUGAGGGCAACUGGAGGCAGCCCCAGAACCAGCAGCAGCAACAGCAGGACCAGCAGAACAGCAAUAUGGGCAAUUUCAGCCUUAACCAAGCCACCGGUGCCGCUCCUUUCCAGCCUGGCCACCGCCAGCGCGCUUCCAUGAGCCAGUCUGUCAGCUCGAUUGGCAACUUCCAAUACAACCCUCAGCCCCAGCUCCUCCAGCUGCCUCAGGGCCAGCUCUUGAUGCAGCCCCAGAUGUUCGGUCAGAAUCUCAAUCCUCUUCAGCUUGCCCAGCUCCAGGCUCUCCAGGCCGCGCAGAUGAAUGGCCAGGGUAUGGGUGGUCUGCAGGGGAGCCAGCACGCCCCCCAGAUGUCCAUGCAGCAGCAACAAUCGCAGCAGCAGCGUAAGACGCUUUUCACUCCUUACCUUCCUCAGGCCACUCUCCCUGCUUUGCUCAGCGAUGGCCAACUUGUUGCCGGUAUCCUCCGUGUCAACAAGAAGAACCGUAGCGAUGCCUACGUCACUACCCAGGAUCUUGAUGCCGAUAUCUUCAUUUGCGGAAGUAAGGAUAGGAACCGUGCUCUCGAGGGCGACUACGUCGCGGUUGAACUCCUUGAUGUUGAUGAGGUCUGGAGUCAGAAGCGUGAGAAGGAGGAAAAGAAGAAGCGGAAGGACAACACCGACCGCAGCAGUAGUAUUGCCGUCAACGAUGCCACGACCCAACCUGAGACGGGUGCCGAUGGUGGCAUCCGGAGACGUGGCAGUUUGAGACAACGCCCGACUCAGAAGAAGAACGAUGAUGUCGAGGUCGAAGGUCAGAGCUUGCUCCUCAUGGAGGAAGAGGAGAUCAACGACGAGCAGAAGCCGCUUUAUGCCGGCCACAUUGUUGCCGUCAUUGAGCGUGUUGCGGGCCAGAUGUUCUCUGGUACCCUGGGUCUUCUGCGUCCCAGCAGCCAGGCUACCAAGGAGAAGCAGGAGGCUGAGCGCGCGGCUCGCGAGGGUGCCUCCGGCCGCCAGCAGCCGGAGCGUCAGCAAGACAAGCCCAAGAUUGUCUGGUUCAAGCCCACCGACAAGCGUGUCCCCUUGAUUGCUAUUCCUACCGAGCAAGCUCCUCGUGACUUUGUCGAGAGGCACCAGGACUACGCCAACCGCAUCUUCGUUGCUUGCAUCAAGCGCUGGCCCAUCACCUCGCUCCACCCCUUUGGUACGCUUGUUGAGCAGCUCGGCGAGAUGGGAGAUCUGAAGGUCGAGACGGAUGCGCUCCUCCGCGACAACAACUUCGGUCCGGAUGACUUCUCUGAUGCUGUUCUUCGCAACGUUGGGUUUGAGGACUGGUCUGUCGCCAAUGACGGCGAAGAGGCUCUUGAGAGUCGCCGCGACUUCCGCGCUGAGCAGACAUUCACCAUUGAUCCCAACGGCAGCAAGGAACUGGAUGAUGCUAUCCACUUCAAGACCCUUGAGGAUGGCAACCUGGAGAUCGGUAUCCACGUUGCUGAUGUCGCUCAUUUCAUCAAGGCCAACUCUCUCGUUGACCGCGAAGCAAAGAAGCGCGGAACCGCUGUUUACCUUAUGAACCGCACCGUCAACAUGCUGCCUUCCAGGCUUUCUGCCGAUAUCCUCUGCCUGAGCCCUGGCGAGGAGCGCUACACUGUCAGCGUCGUCUUCAAGGUCGACCCCGCCACUGGCAAGGUGUUUGAGGAUGACACGUACAUUGGCAAGGGUGUGAUCAAGAGCUCCGGCAAGCUUUCGUACGAGCAGGUUGACGCCAUCAUUGGCGGCAGCAGCUCGUCUGAGUUCAGCGACAAGGAGAAGGAUAUUCAGAACCUGCACUCCAUCGCGCAGAAGUUCCGCGAAGCUCGCUACGGCAACCGCACCACGAACAUCCCGUCGCUCCGUCUGCUUUACCAGCUCGACGAUGAGAAUGUUCCGGUUGAGGAGAACAUCUUCAACAGCUCUCCCUCGCACGAACUGAUGGAGGAGAUCAGCCACAAGGCCAACGCGGCUGUGGCACAGCUGAUCCACUCCAAGCUCGGCGAGAAAGCUCUUCUGCGCCGCCACGCCGGCCCGAACCCUCGUCGGCUGCAGACUUUCGUUGACAGAAUGUCGGCCAUCGGCUAUGAGUUCGACCCAUCCAGCAGCGGCACUCUGCAGAGCAGCCUGUUCCAGGUUGAGGAUCCCACUGUCCGCCAGGGCAUGGAGACUCUUCUCGUGAAGACGAUGCAGCGCGCCAAGUACUUUGUCGCUGGCAAGCAGACUGAGGACCAGUGGUCUCACUACGCUCUCAACCUGCCUAUGUACACUCACUUCACCAACCCGUCGCGCCGGUAUGCGGACAUCAUUGUGCACCGCCAGCUCGAGGCUGCGCUUUCCAACGGGGCCAUCGAGUUCACGGAGGACAUCGAGUCUCUGAACAAGACGACGGAGAUGUGCAACACCAAGAAGGAUUCGGCACACAAUGCUCAGGAGCAGAGCGUCCACAUCGAGUCCUGCCGCAAGAUGGACAAGACACGCCAGGAAGUUGGUGGUGACCUCAUCUCGGAGGGUAUUGUGCUCUGCGUCUACGAGUCUGCGUUUGACGUUCUCAUUCCCGAGUAUGGAUUCGAGAAGCGUGUGCACUGCGAUCAGCUGCCUCUGAAGAAGGCCGAGUUCGACAAGAACAAGCGCGUGCUCGAGCUCUACUGGGAGAAGGGUGUUCCUUCGUCCACUUACAUUCCGGAGGAUGAGCGUCCCAAGCAUGGUUCGGUGCGCGGCAACAAUGCUGUGGCGGCGGCUCGCGAGGCCGAGGCUGCCAGGCAGGCAGCCAAGGAGAAGGAGGAGGCUCAGCGCCGCAACAUGGACACCAACACCAUGUCUGCCGACGACGUGGAUGCCCUCUUUGACGAUGACGAUGACGCGGUGUCGGAUCUUGCCGACAUGACGUCUGGCGUGUCGCUCAACCAGACGGGUGCGGACCGCCCGACGCAGAGCAUGCCUCCGUCGCCGACGCGGACGGGCUUGAUGGCGUCUGAGCACGCUCCCCACCGCACCAAGUCGGAUCCGAAGAUCUCGCAGAGUGCUAGCGAGGGCAUCGAGUCGAAGCUGAGCAACAAGGAGAAGUACCUGAAGCUGUUCACUCUCCGUGAGGAGAACGGCGAUUACAUCCAGGACGUCAAGGAGAUGACUCGCGUGCCUGUGAUCCUGAAGACUGAUCUUACCAAGAGCCCUCCAUGCCUUACCAUCAGGUCCCUUAACCCGUACGCUCUUUAA